AAAAUGGACAACAACAGCCUAGUAUCGUAUUAGGGGAGGAACGGCUUGAAAUAUUCCAACAUGCGCCAUAGUAAGACGGGUGCUCAUGCCGAUAGGCGAUCUGGGAGGUGUUUUCUUUCUCCGCCAUCGCUGUAUUGCGCACAGAUUUCGUCCUUUAUCACCCAUUAUCCUCCGCCUUUCCCUUUGAUUUUGAAUUGAUGCUAAAGUUUCUUGGCCCAAUACGGUAUUUCCUUGGGCCACCGUUCACUUGUGUGCGCACAGUCACGAAAUGGUCGCGUGACACUUCAAAGAUUAAGACCACGGGCGUCCACGCCAACAAUUCACUCCAUCGAUGGACGGCCGAUCAGGAAAAGCAAUUGUACGAGAUACUGCAACAUCAUCAGCUCCCUGUCACGGAUCCAUACACGCUUCCCGGCUCUUCAGCUGUGCCGGCGAAAAAAGGUCCGUUCCAGCAUCACACAUUCAAAAGGCGGGAACUCACCGCGACGCCUCCUCGCUGGACACAGCCAGAAUGUGACGCACUAAUGGAAUCGGUGGACAAGUUUGGUACCAAAUGGAGCGCCCUUGCCUAUUAUUUCGGUCGACCGGCCAGAAGCCUUACAUCACGGUAUUACUACGCGAAAGAAGGAAAGGCGCAAAAGCAUUACUGGAAGUGGACUAAGGAGGCGGACAAGCGUCUCAUGGCGCUGGUCGUUGAACAUGGGACGGAUGCUUGGGAUCUGGUUGGAGCCGAAUUGGGACGUUACAAGGCACAUUGCAAAGCACGGUAUGCAGCGCUGGAAAAAAAAGAUCAAUCCAGGUUAUUCAGUCAAGCGGAAGAACAAGCCAUUCUUGAAGCGGCCCAAAUAUAUGGGAAAAAAAACUUUCAAGCUAUCAAGAACAUCACGGGCGUUUCCGCUUCGGCCAAGCAAAUUAACGAGUACUACCGAUGCCAUCUCGAUCCCGCAUUCGAUCGUUCCCCGUGGACGCUGGAAGAAAAGCUGAGACUCUACAAACUGUAUCAGGAGCUUGGCAACAUGAAGUCCGUCCGCAAAUUAAUGCCCAAGCGAAGUCCGUACGAUUUGCACAAACAAUACCGUCUUAUUCGCCGUCUCGUUGAAUUGGGACGGAUCACCAUAAACGAUGACAAAGAUAAACAACCAUUUAACCAAAAGCAUCAGCAACACAGUGACGACGACCAUAAUCAUGAACAACUCGAUGUAAAUUCAAUGACGAAAACAAGUAUAAUACGAUUAAAUAGAUAAAUAAUAAAAAGAUCACUAUGUAUAUAUAUAUUUAUUACAUCACAAACAAACAGAAAG